AUGGCGCAAGAAAGCGUCUUCCGCCUUUCACAGCAGCUGGUAUCCGCAUUGACGAACACCGAGAACAACAAACUAGUCUUUUCAAAUUUUUACGACUGUCUCUUGUUUCCUGACCGCCAUCAUUCAUCGGAGAACAUGCGCCUAAAGUCAUUCCAAAAACUGUUGUCGAUCGUUAAUCAGCUGCAGAACGUACAGGGCGGAGCUGAAAACAUUACGUCGGUCAAAACGUUGAUUGAAAAUGCAGAGUUGCUCAGUCGUUCCAGUGACAGCUGUGCUGUACUCUACUUCGUUCUUCUGUUGAGCGAUGCCAGUCGUGCCAAGGAUGAAUGGUCUAACGGUGACAUCACAAACAGUACUUUCAAUAACGAUUUCAGUAUCAAAUCUCUGUGCGAAGCUGUAAAAGAACAUGCACAUAGCAGUACCUCUGCAGCAAACAUAUUCACCUGUGACGUGUAUUGUGACUGGGUUACAGCGUUUCCGAGCUUCUUUCGAUUUUCACAGGCUCCCCGGAAGGAUUCGCAGAAAAAGCCCACGAAAGUUUCAUCACAGUCAAUGAAUGAAGUUGUCGAUAGGCGGAACGCGAGUUUCUGGCCUCUGUACAUACCACUGGCUUCACUGAAAUUGCAGAGCAGAUCUGAUAGACGGCAAACUUUACAUUCGAUGAUGCCUUUACUAUCAGACCUAAGCGAGAAUGAUUUUGCUAGGUUCGGCAUGCCUGCUCUCUACGAACCAGUAAUGCUGAUGACAGGCGAUUUUGGCAUCAUGCACAACUUCUCAGUUCUUAAUAUCAGCCGUCUAAAGUUGAUAGUGCAGGGAUUGCUGAUUGGCGUUGAAUCAGGCUGUAUUGUUCUUGAUCAGAUUUUAGGUUACGUGUUCGUCGAAAAGAUGAUUUUCACAAUCUGCUAUUUCAGCUCUUCAAAUCGCAUUACGUGGCUGACCGCUUACAAAGUUUCCAAAAGUUCUGUCCCUGGAUUUCUUUACCAACUGUUCGACAAGUUAGCUUUUUGUGGCAAAGCCGUUUCGCUGUUAAACGUGCGCAUAAAGUCUUUGGCCAAUGAGGUAACCGUAUAA